AAUGCCCUCAGUUCGUUGCCAACAACUGUCCUAGGUUGUCGCGGCUGUCGUUCCCGCGUUUCAGCGGGCGGUUCAAAAACACGUCCUUAUGACGGAGGUAAACGAUUGUGUACCUACGUGCUAUAAGUGUUAUCUGGAUAAUAAUUUCUAUAGAAUAUUAGAGCGGUUGACCCGAGAAUGAAACGCGAUGAGUCUAUAAGGAGCAUCAGAAGAUACUCGGGCCAGCGGCGGGUGAGCGCGCAGGGGCCCGCGCUCGGCAUCGGCUGGCGGCAGAACUCGCUUACUAUCAGCACUCUCGCCCAGCAGAACGCUUAUUUGACUGAGAAACUACAAGAAGAGGAACCGGAAUACGGUCAAGCGACAUCUUUUCCCCGAUUAUUCAGAUUCGCGAAACCAUGGGAGCUGCUGCUCCUCUUCAUCGGCGUCAUCCUGGCGAGCCUGAACGGCUUGGCGGUGCCGAUCGGUGUCAUCGUGUACGGCGAGUUCACGUCGCUGCUCAUCGACCGUACCGUCAUGACCGGCACGUCUUCGACCACGUGGACCAUUGCGCUCUUCGGCGGUGGACGAAUACUCACGGAUGCGAGCGCUGAAGAGAACCGUAAGGCGCUGAUCGAGGACUCUCAGGCGUUCGGCAUCGGCUGCGCCACGUUCGCGUUACUACAGUUCAUCGUGGCAGCUAUUAGCGUCGAUCUUUUUAAUUACGUGGCGCUUAGACAGAUUGUCAGAGUAAAGGAGAAGUUUCUACGAGCUGUACUUCGCCAAGAUAUAUCUUGGUAUGACUUGAAUACGACCAUGAAUUUUGCAACCAAAGUGUCAGACGACGUGGAGAAAUACCGCGAUGGCAUCGGCGAGAAGAUCCCCAUGCUGGUGUAUCUGGUGAUGUCAUUCGUCACUGCCAUCAUCAUCUCGCUGUCCUACGGCUGGGAGUUGACGCUCGUGGUGCUGUCUUGUACACCCAUUAUCAUCGCCACCACUGCGGUGGUCGCCAAGGUCCAAUCGUCCCUCACGACGCAAGAGUUGAAAGCCUACAGCGUGGCAGGAGUUAUUGCCGAGGAGGUGCUUUCGGCGAUUCGUACCGUCGUAGCCUUCGGAGGCGAAGCCAAGGAAAUAAAAAGAUAUGAGGAUCUCCUGGAGCCAGCGAAAAAGACGGGGAUGAGAAAAGGAAUGUUCUCUGGCAUUGGCAGCGGGGUGAUGUGGCUGAUCAUAUACGCCACCUACGCCCUGUCGUUCUGGUACGGCGUGUGGCUGAUCUUAGGGAGCAGGCUAGAUCCAACGCCGACGUACACACCUGCCGUGUUGAUGAUAAUAUUCUUCAGUAUCCUCCAAGGCGCUCAGAACGUGGGUCUGACCUCGCCCCACCUGGAAGCUAUCUCGAGCGCCCGCUCGUCGGCCGGCUCCAUUUUCGAAGUCCUGGACAGAAAGCCGGCCAUUGACAGUCUCUCUACUGAAGGCGAGAGACCUGAGCUGGGUGGGGACUUAGAGCUAAAAGAUGUGCAUUUUAGGUACCCCGCAAGAUCUGAUGUCAGUGUCCUCAACGGGAUCAACCUAAAGAUCAACCCGAACGAGACCGUAGCCCUCGUCGGGUCCAGCGGCUGCGGCAAGUCCACGGUCCUGCAGCUCCUUCAGCGGAUGUACGAUCCCGAUUCAGGGACCGUCACGGCUUCGGGCUAUGACCUCAGGAAUAUCAACGUGAGGCAUCUGAGGAACCAUAUUGCUGUAGUGGGACAGGAGCCAGUGCUGUUUGCGGGUACUAUUAUGGAGAAUAUAAGGAUGAGUAACCCUGCGUGCACGGACCAGGAAAUAUACGUCGCUGCAAAACAAGCAUACUGCCAUGCUUUCAUCAAGAAACUGCCGGAUGGCUACAACACACUAAUCGGUGAAAGAGGUGCCCAGCUAUCCGGAGGUCAGAAGCAAAGGAUAGCCAUAGCCAGGGCUCUAGUGCGGAGGCCUAAGAUCCUGCUACUGGACGAGGCCACGUCCGCGCUGGACUCGCACAGCGAGGCCAAAGUGCAGCGCGCGCUGGACGCCGCGGCGCAUGGCCGAACCACCGUUAUGGUCAGCCACAGAUUGGCCACCGUCCUGAACGCGCACCGCAUUGUAUUCAUCGACAAAGGCGAGGUGGUGGAAGAAGGCACUCACGAAGAACUGCUGAAGCUAAAGGGCCGGUAUUACCAGCUGGUACUCAUGAACGAGCCUAGUAUGGCGCCUGGUGCUGAGGAUCAGACUGAAAAGGACACGGGGAAACACGCCAAAGUCCGUAGACCAAAACUAGAGAAACUAGCAUCAGUAGAGUCCAUACAAAGCACGGCUUCGCAAGACUCAGGGUCGGAAGACAGUCUGCCCAUAGAAGAACAAGGUCCCAAGGAAUAUAAACCUUCAUCAUGGCAGAUCCUUAAAUUGUGCCAACCUGAGAAAUGGUUGAUGGUUGCUGGGAUAAUUGCGGCCAUUGCUGUCGGCGCGUCUUUCCCGAUGUUCGCUAUACUGUUUGGUGAGACUUAUGGGCUGCUGGAAAGCAACAACGAGCGCUACGUUAUGAGUGAAACCAACAAAAUAGCCUUAAUGUUCCUUGGCGUGGGCGUCCUCACGGGCGUCGGCAUAUUCCUGCAGAUCUACAUCUUCAACGUGACCGGCGUGCGGCUCACUGCGCGGCUCAGGGUAGCUGCAUUUGCCUCUAUGUUAAGGCAGGAGAUCGGAUGGUUCGACGACCCGGCGAACGGAGUGGGCGCUCUGUGCGGUCGACUUGCCGGCGACGCCGCCGCCGUGCAAGGGGCAACCGGCACCCGAAUCGGUGCUUUAAUGCAAGCCGGCGCCACAAUCAUCAUCGGCAUCGCCCUCUCAAUGUACUUCACGUGGAAGAUGACCCUGGUCUCCCUGGUGUCCGUGCCCAUGGUCAUCGGCGCCGUGGUGCUGGAGGGCCGCGUGCUGGCCGAGGGCAUAACCAUCAUGCUGAAGGCCUCGCACAAAGCGACCACUAUAGCGACGGAGGCCAUCUCUAACAUUAGAACCGUGUCGGCGUUCUGUGGCGAGGAAGGCGUGAUCCAACGAUACGUAGAAGCGGGUCGGGCGGCUGCGAAUACCGCUAUUAAAAGCGUUCGCUGGCGCGGCUGUGUGUUCGCCUUCGGGCAGACCGCUCCCGUCGCCGGCUACGCUCUCUCGCUGUGGUAUGGCGGCGUGCUCGUUGCCAACCGCGAGGUGCCUUACAAGGAUGUCAUCAAGGUAUCAGAAGCCCUCGUCUUCGGCUCCUGGAUGAUGGGGCAGGCGCUGGCGUUCGCGCCCAACUUCGGAGCGGCUGUGUUGGCGGCCGGUCGAGUCUUCCAACUGCUGGAACGCAAGCCGCUCAUCGACAGCACACACGCUCCGUCCGUGCCUGAAGACUAUGUCGCCAAAGGAAAGAUCCAGUACAAGAACAUAAAGUUCCGCUACCCGACCCGUAUGGAGGUGGAAGUGUUGCGUGGACUCUCACUAGAGAUCCCUAGUGGUAAGAGGAUAGCGCUGGUGGGCCCGAGCGGCUGCGGCAAGUCCACGCUGAUGCAGCUGCUGCAGCGGUUAUACGAUCCGGAGGACGGGAUGGUGUACCUGGACGACUACAGCGUUACCGCAGACAUGCGCUUAUCCACUCUCCGUCGCAACCUCGGCAUCGUCUCGCAGGAGCCAGUCCUCUUCGACCGCACUAUAGCGGAAAACAUCGCGUAUGGGGAUAAUACGAGGAUUGUUCCAAUUGAACAGAUAGUGCAGGCCGCGAAGGAAGCUAAUGUGCAUUCGUUUAUUGCUGCUCUGCCUAAGGGCUACGAAACCCGUAUUGGCGCCCGGGCUUCACACCUCUCCGGCGGUCAGAAGCAGAGAAUAGCCAUCGCCCGUGCACUGGUCCGCAACCCACGGGUCUUACUACUAGACGAGGCAACGUCAGCGCUGGAUACGCAUAGCGAAAAGAUUGUCCAAGAAGCCCUAGACAAAGCGAGCGAAGGUCGCACCUGCCUCAUCAUCGCUCACCGCCUCGCGACCAUCCAGAACGCGGACAUGAUCGUGGUGGUGGACCAGGGCGUGGUCGCGGAGAAGGGCACCCACAAGGAGCUGAUCGCACUCAAGGGGAUCUACGCGCGGCUGUAUGAGCUGCAGGUCGGCAUCGUCGAGGAGAGCGAGGAGAACCUGGCUGGUGGAACUUCGUAGAUGGAAUAACUACUUGUUGCUGGUGCCGAUGAUGAUGAUACCUACCUUAAAACGGCAUAAGGCAGCUGAGUAUUCAAUUUUAGUCUACUUGUGCCUUCUGUGGAAAAAACUCUCCUUUAACACUGAAAAAAAAAACAUGUACUAGCUGAACUCAUCUAGGUUAGAAUCCUGAAUGCGUACAGCCUACAACACUUUGAGGUUAAUGUUUAAUUAAUUUUAGUCUAAUUGAUAAGUAGUACCUGUGUGUUAUGGUGUAAAAAUCAUUCUCGCCUUUUCCACUCCCUUAUUGAGCAAGAUCUUGGUAAUACCUCUAAGAUUGAUGAAGGUUAUGUACGGCAAAUUUUGUUAAAAGUACCAGAUUGGUAUUCAGUAGCAGCUGUGUCCUAAAUUUUACCCGACUUGUAUGUUCUAUUGAAUAAGCCUUCCUAGAACUUUUGCUUUCCUUGGAAUAUUCUGGAAAAUACUUGGACCCGGCUGAAACUCAUCUAGGUUGGAAUACUUGGAAUCGUUUAUCUGGAAGAGCCGCCCACUUUAGAAGCCAUCAGUUCGAGUAAAUUAAAGAUUAUGUGUAGUUGCCUUAAAAAACUGUAAUUCUUUUAGUGUUAAGGAGCUUUUUCUAUUUCAAAGCUGACGGAAAAUAUUCAUUAAUACCCAGAUCCAGACAGACGGAGCCGCCUCGCAAGGAAAUUGCCGCGCGAAGCAACUCGGUCCGUGGAGACGUGCCUCGCCGAGGAAAUGCGGCCGAGGCAGGCACAGACUGAGAUGUUUCGCGCGGCAUUUUCCUCGCGAGGCGGCUCAUUAUGUGUGGACCUGCCCUUAACCUAUUCAUUUUUAGGGGUAUCGGAUGUUGUAUGACCGGAUAAAUUACUUACCUGAUUGUACGUUUUAAGUGUCGUAAGAUCAAAAUAGUGAGUUUUUUCCUGAAAACGGUAUUGGUGGAUACAAUUUGUAUUGUAUUUUUAUAUCCCUAUAAUCGUUCGUGUACAGCGUAUAAUGUCGCCAUACAAUAUCGCGGCUGGGUGUACCUAUUGUUUAUUAAGUUCCUGCCUAUCCUACAUUCCCUAUAGUCAUUCCCUUAAACAUUUUCGCGCUAUAAUAAUUAUUUACCCUAUGUCUUUAUUAGCUGAUAAAGCAAGUGAUUGUACUCAUUGUAUGAUCAGAACCAUGACUAUUCACGAAUCGGAUAAAUUGGUAGGUAUUGCUUUAAUUUCUUAUAAUGUAUCCGAGUAAUAUUUUGUACUUAAGUAGGUACUUAGUAGUGUCAUGUUCUUAUCCCACAUUCCCUAUAUUCAUUCCCUUAAAAAUACGUAUAAUACGUACCUACAUACAUCUUCUCUCCAGAACGGUGUCAAAUAAGUAACCUUAUGUUUAAACCAUAGAUUACCUUACCUAUGUUUUUGGGUAUUACACGUAAAGGGGCAUUCCAGAGAAGUGUGUGGUACGUGAGUUACGUGCAGUGGCGGGGCAAGACCAAAAUUUUAUGUGGGCAAGGUACAUUCAGCGAGGCCCUCUGGUGGCGUAAGAAAUAACGAACAUUUUUACGUGUGUCCGAGAUAUAAGUACUUAUUUGAGGCGCGAGGCCCCUCGGCCCGCGAGGCCGUAGGCGGUGGCCCACGUCGCCCACGCCUAACGCCGCCUCUGGUUACGUGACGCUAUUUUUUAACACUUCUGAUGAAGUUAAGAAGCCGAUAUUUAGAAUAAGAAUAAUAAGAAUAAGAAACCAUUUAUUGCCACACAAAAUACAAUGUUUCACUUAAAAAUAAUAAUAAAAGGCAUGCGCGGCAAAAGGAACGGACUCAGCGUACGCUGCGUCAGCCAUUUUAUUACAAAUUGACUGCGCAGCGCUGAUUUUCAGUCCGUCCCCUUCACUGAACCACAUUGAUAUGACAUGCGGGUUAAUGAAUUUUUUGUUUUAUUACCAGAGAUAGCUAGUGUAUACAAUUAUAGUACGAAAAAAAUAAAGAAAUUUUUAUUACAAGUGAAAAUGUUAUAUUUGGUAUUUACUUGAUAUUGACUACUGGUUACAUUUAUAACUCAAGUAUUUACUGAAUAGGUACAAACAAUGCCAUAGUCAUAAGUUUCGUUCAUUGAAACGUACAGCGAUAAGUAAUAGUAUUUUUUGUAUGAGAGAAUACUUAUAAAUAAAAUAAAAAAAUACAAACUUAUAAACAACAGGAUUAGUAAGUGUCCAAAAUAUAGCACAACACCAUUUUAAAUAAUUAUAUCCUCUGAGGAAAUUUGGUAAUUUAAUAAAAGUAAGCUCAAUUUGCCUUUAAAGGUUGGAAGGUAUUUGGCAUUAACGUUUGAUAACUCAGCUUUCAAUUCAACGUUAUAUAAUACAGAUUUCUGCAAUUUAUUAAGCUAGCCGUCAUAUGCGAAAUUAGACAUUUUUGUGGGAUGCCUCUGAAUACCUGUAACGAUGCGAUAACGUGUGUGCUUAAUGAGUUAUUUCAAUGUUACUUACAUACAAAUACUAUCAUAAUUGUGAAAAUUAUUGAUAAUGUAAUUAUGUCUGCUUGUCACAUUUUUACGGCUUAAAUCUUGAACUGAUUUUGACUGUCAACUGCUUAGAGCAUUUAACCAACAGGAGAUGCCUUGUCUGUAAUUUUCUGUACCAGUCAAUGUGUAGUCUGCCGAUUUUUGCAGGGGAGGGGCAAUUGUACGGCUAUUUGUACUUAAUGUGACUCAGUUUGGUUUAAUGCUCUAAGGUCAACUGUCUUUGCAGUUGUGUUUUUAUUUAUUUAAUCGUAUGGCAUACAUAUCGUAAAAAUAGAGACAAUAUAAUCGCUUCCAUUUUACUUGCUGCGAGGCUCUCGUUUGGAAUAGUGCAGUGCAGCAGCCAGAGUUGAUUACUCUUUAGCACCACCCAGGGGACACGUGCGGGGUAUCUAAGGUAAUCUUCCCGCGGACGCGAGUAAUCAUUGCUUCCCCCCCAUUUUGCAGUUGAGUGUACAUAUUUGUUAUAUAGUCUGUAAAUUUCUUAACCCAGUCGUACUUGAUUUUAGUUGUUUAAGUCAGAAAGGGAGACGUUUCAUUUCUAAUCACUACCCACUUUUUAGUACUUAAUUAGUACAUUACGAUAAAAGUGCGAAAAAUAGGAAAUUCGAAACGCGUGGCGAUAAAUUAAAACACGACCGAAGGGAGUGUUUUAAAUCCACACGAGUUGCGAAUUACCUAUUCGCACAUGUAUCGUACGACGUUUUACAGUACAUAUGACCCUUUAUAUUUUCGACAUAGUUACGUAAUAUGCUAAUUAUCCCACUAGUGCGGUAAAGUAGCACCAUAUAUACUGUAAUAGUACAUUACGAUACAAGUGAGAAAAAUAGGAAACUCGAAACGAGUGGUGAUAAAUUAAGACACGACCAAAGGGAGUGUUUUAAAUCCACACGAGUUGCGAAUUACCUAUUCGCACAUGUAUCGUACGACAUUUUACAGUACAUAUGACCCUUUAUAUUUUCGACAUAGUUACGUAAUAUGCUAAUUAUCCCACUAGUGCGGUAAAGUAGCACCAUAUAUACUGUAAACACUUUUUUUGCGCUUAAGUAGUUAAUAACGAAAAUCGGAACAUUAUUCUUUUUUCUAACAAUUUAUCACUCUGAAAAAAAAAGAUUUAUUACGAGACUCUGUUUACAAAUGGCUUAAACUUUUUAAAGCAAGCCUGGAGUGUUCACUUUAUACAUAAAUAAAAAACCUAUUAUAAUAAGUUUUAAGCGAGCGUUGCGAAAUAAAAUUUAUUUGUAAUGUCCCCCCGCCGGGCGGGCGAGAAUACAUCAUAUGGUGCCUCUGCACGAUGGCCCUGCGUUGGUCCAGCGAGAUGGCCAUGCGAUGGUUAUGGCUACUCUAUACGAUGGCCCAGCGCUGGACCAGCGAGAUGGCCAUGCGAUGGUAGAGAGCACGCACUAUGGAAUGGGCAACGUGUAGAUGCGCACGCACCAUCUUUGGCUCACUACCUCUAAUGUGCGGACGAAAAACCGACAACGUGGCCAUCCCAUCUCCAUCCCGCCACGCCACAAGCCAUCCGACACCAACCCUCUAAACGCUGGCCCAUCGUGUAGAGGAGCCAAUAUAGACGCCGCGGAGAGUCAGAACGUCUGAGGCCAUAAGUAUAAAUAUCGCCAGGAGAGUUUAGCAGCAACUUGCUAUCGGUACGAAAAAAGAAUACUAACCGCCACUUGCACCAUCCAACUAACCCGAGGUUAACCAGUUAAACCGUUCACCCAGUCUCAAAUUGUACUGGUAACCAUGGUAACUCCAGGUUUAACCGCGGGUAACCUCGGGUUAGUGGAAUGGUGCAAGUGGCCCUAAUUAAAAAAUCUCGCUGCCAUUACAUAAUUUUGUUGUUGUAUGUAUGACUUCAACUCUCGUGCCCAUAUUAAUUUUAAGUUUUAAGCCAGUUUAAAACAUAUUGAUACUCGUACCCAAUACUUUUUACCAUACCUUCCAUUACAACUUAUUAUUUAUCAAGUAAGGAAACUGAUGCUUGGCGUGAGCAAUCUAAGCAUUAUUUCUCUACCCUGCGUACAAAAUUGUAAACAUUUUAUAUUUUAAUAAAUAAUUGAAGGUUCUUUUUAAUCUCCUUUCCAAGCAAAAAGCACAAGGUUUAAAUGAGGUCCACUACAGACGGCUGUGCACGUCAACGGGAAGUCUUGCCAAGGACGCCAACGACGGCCACAGCCGACAGCUUCGCCAAUGCAAUAGGGACUUACGCGGGACUCCGUAAAGCUCAAUUUCGCUCAAAUAAUCGCGAUCGCCCGGCGUCCGGGGCAUGGCAUAUUCCUUCGCCGACUGGCGUUUAAAGGAUUAUUUGAAUAUGACAUAGAUUACAUAGGACUAUAUUCAUUUUCUUCGAAGUAAAAUCAUGACAUAAACGUUUUCAUAAAUAAUUGUAUGCAUUUUCCUAGCUGUAGGUGUGUUUGAAGAGAACAAACUUGAUAGUUUUAUAACAUAGUUCCGUGUGACACGUCGCGCUCAAGUAUCAAGUAAGGCGGUCUCCACAUUGGAUGCGGAUCCGCGCCCCGCUCCGGUGAGCGAGUGAGAUAUUGCUAUAUACGUGCAAAGCGCUGUCUCGAUUACACACCGGAGCGUCGUGCGGAUUUGCGUCAAUGUGAUAACCGCGUAAUGACGUUGAAAUAUUUUUAUAAUUGUUUGUUUUGUAGCAUUGUAUUGUAACUAAUUAGGUAAAUUAAUACAUAACUUAUAUAUUU